CCCGACACAACGUACGAGCCUCACGACCCAUUUGACGAUAGCGACUUGGAGAUUCCCUAUCUCCCGUUCAUCUACCGCUUCGUCUUCUCCCCCGUCGACCCCCUCGCCUCUGAUCGCCUCCAGCUUCGUCGCCUUGCACUCUUCCACCUCACCAUAGGCAGUAACCUCCCUAUCUGGGACGACGAGCCCGGCCACAGCAACGACAACUCUGGCGACCACUCACGCGCGCACCAGGGCCUGGAGUCACGCGUGGAGUCAGGUGACGACUCGGGUGACGACUCCGACGUCGACAUCCCCGAGUUCCCAUCCGAUGACAGGGAGGACUGGUGA